CUUACAGCGAUGCUUCCCUGUGUAAACCUCAACCAGCCAAACCCACGUUUGGUCCCUGUGUUUCCUUACCACCUGUGAACUUGGAAACUAUAAAAAAGCAACUGGCUGAAAGGUAAGUACUGCUUUUAGUGUUAAUUUCUGAGACAUUCGUUUUGUCACAAAGUGACAACAGCUCUGCAGUCUUAUCCUUUCUUGUGAGUAUUGAAGGAUUUGGGGGUUAGUUGUGUAUCGUGCUUAUUGUAAUGGUUAGCAUCGCAUUACAGAUCUUAACUUUACCUGGCAGUGCUUUGUUGUAGGGGUGUGUUUGGACUUCUCAAGCAUCUUAUCACUUGUAGAAACCUGCUGCUUUCUUCUACAUGCUAGUAGCUCUUAAAGGAGCGUAGGCACAAUGUUUUGUUUGUCAGGGUAGGAGAACUUCACUCAGGCAGACAGGGCUGUCAGACCUUCUAUCGUGGUGGUUCUUAAGCCUGUUUAGACAAGGCAGUGGGCAGCUGAAUUGUGCUGGGUGGAGGUGGGAACUUCCAAGGUAGUGUGUGAGAAGGACAGAUGGGAUCAGGCAUCUGAAGCUACCAAGAAAGCCAUCCCCAUCACCUCUCAGUGCUGAUGCAGCCAGAAGCAGCUGUUCUGAUCAUUCGGACGAGUAACAUCAUACAGCUGAAACACAAAGUGUACUGUUAACUUGUGUGAAUCUCCGUGCACGUAUGCUCUUCUGUACAGACUGCUGCAGGCUUCUUUGUGUUCAAAGAAUUGCAACUGAGGCGGACUAAAUAUUUCUGUGGAGUUGUAUGCUUUUUUUUGGCCUUGAUCAGCUGAAAGAAAUGAAUGAAAUGAAGUACAGUCAAAUGCGAAAGGCUAUCAAGAGUGGGAAACCUAUUUAGAAAGUAAGAAAAAGGAGAGGGAGAACGUGUCUGGUAGUAAUAGCUUGGUAAUAUUAAGCCUUAGAGAUGUAUUUAAUGUCUUAAAUGCUGAAAUAACUUUUAAAGACUGUUUUUUUGUUUUUUUUUGUUUUUUUUAAACUUCUGGUGCAAUGGAGAACAUCUUAAUGGAACUGUUUUCAUUGAAGUCUGUUCCCUCCUUCAGAGAGGCAAAUUAAAGUCUACUUCUGGGUUGUGUUAAGGUCUUUCUCAAACAGAGCAAUCAUACAUAUGAGAUACCGAAGGAAAUUAUUCUUUUUUUUUUUUUAAGGAAAGAAGAAAGCAGAUUUGUAAUAAAUGUAAACUUUUCUGAGGUAUUUCAUUUAAUAACUAAUGAGAGCUGUAAGCAUAGGUUUUGGGGUUAUAAGGUUAGUUACAAGAAGUUUCAGAUGGUUUGUGCUGGGUAACGAGCACCAGGUAAGUGCUUAUGUGCUUCUAUCCCUGCAGCUUAAAUUAAGUUGGCAUGGACAUACUGACGUGUGCUGUAGUUCUGCUCACAUCAGCUGGGGUAGCAUCUGUUCGGUGUGGCAUCACUAGACUUGCCUUGUUAUGUUAUUUAGGAGCAUGUUGAGGAAAAUGGGUAAAAUGUCUGUGGGGGUACUUUCAGAACUACACUACGUAAGUGACAUCUGAUUUUUUCCAAAGCAUGAAUCUUGUCCACUUACAGUGCUUCUACAACUGUGGAUGGGUAAGUCUUGCAAUUCUUCUUUGCUCAAAUGCAGGUGCUAUUAUCAGCACAGGCAAAGAUUUUGUACUUUGUUUUAAUUGGAAAAUGUUCAGAACUACGUUAACUGUUAGCUUGUCCUGGUUUUAAUGGUCUGAGUGUUUCCUUUUUUAGGAUAGCAUCAUUGCAGGAUGUGCACCGUGCUCACCAGAGGGAGUAUGGAAAAUACAUGGAGGACAUUGAAAGUUCAAAGAUAACUGUCCAGGAACUAGAGAAGUCUUCGGAUGCUGCUAUGAAUUACAAAUUCUACAGGGGCAUGAAAACAUAUGUAGAAAACUUAGUAAACUGUUUCAAUGAAAAACUGAAAUACAUAGAUGAGCUAGAAUCUGCUGUACAUGCACUUCUUCAGCAACAAGCCACGUCAGUACUGAAACGAAGGCAAGAUGACCUGAAAAUGGAAUCUGCUUAUAUGCAGCAUUUGACAGCUGGGAAUGGCAAACCAACUAAUGAUGGAUUGGAAAGUGAUGAAAGGAUGAAGCUUCUGAAGCAUCGAAGGGCUUGCAGACGGCAGCUGAGAGCGCGGUCACAAAAAGCUGCUCACCACGAAGGCAUGUCGAGUGAUGAUGAGCUGUGUGUGACAGAGUUGGCCGAAUUCCAGAAGAGCAAAGAUAACAUUUUAGAGGAGAGUAGGAAAAUCUUUGAAGAUGUCCAUGCGGAUUUUUGUGACAUCAGAAAAAUCCUGUUGAAAUUCCAGGAGUGGAAAGAGAAGUUUCCCGACUCUUACUGCGAUGCUUACAUCAGUUUUUGCCUGCCUAAGCUUUUAAAUCCAUUAAUCAGAGUUCAGUUAAUAAAUUGGAGUCCUUUUGAGCAGAAUUCUGCAGACUUGGAAGAGAUGCCCUGGUUCAGAGCUGUAAAAGAAUUCAGUGAUGUGAAAAAGUCAUCUGAAUCAAAAAGAGAUGGUGAUCCUGAUGAGGAGGUUUUGCCUCGAGUGAUUGAAAGAACUAUUCUGCCAAAAAUUACAGCAUUUGUAAAGAGUGUGUGGGAUCCUUUAUCGACUUCACAGACUGAGAACCUUAUACGGCUUUGCAAUAACGUGUUUGAAAAACAAGUCCUGUCCAGAAGUGAAUGCAGUCAAGCAAAACAGGAUUUGAUUAACAUGGUUGUCCUGAGGAUGAAGAAGUCUGUAGAGGAGGAUGUCUUUAUCCCUGUGUAUCCUAAAAGCGCUGUGGAAGACAAAUCGUCACCAUGUUCACAAUUCCAAGAAAGACGGUUUUGGUCAGCUGUGAAGCUGCUCUCCAAUGUUCUGCUUUGGGAUGGGAUUGUGCAGGAAGACACGGUCCGUGACUUGGGACUGAGCAAGCUGCUGAAUCGUUACCUUCUUCUGAACCUCUUCAACACACCACCAGGGCCAGAAAACAUAGAGAAGUGUAAAGAGGUGGUUGCACGCUUUCCAGAAAGGUGGUUCCAAAAUCUUGGAAGUGGGUCAACUCUCCCUGAGUUACUGAACUUCUGCCAGCAUUUGCUUCAGUGUGCGCGAACGCUUCACAGGAAUAACCACAGUGAUGAAACUGAAGAAGUUAUUCUCCUGUUGGUGAAAGUCAAGGCUCUGUGUAUUGCUGAAGAGCUCAUUGAAGAGUACAAACUGGAACAUCUGAGAUCUCUGAUCAGGAAAUAAGGAUUUCUUUGAAACAGCAGUUUUUUACUGAAACAAGCCUGAUGCUCGCUCUAAAAAAGUGGUAAUGUUUAAUUAGUGGACCUUGCCCACAGCUGUUUUACCGUGAAAUAUUUUGGGUUUUUUUCCAAAUGUCUUCUACUGCCAUCUACUCCUAGAUAAAAUCACAAUGGUCAGUGUGAAGUGCAGGAGUCCUGCAACAUGUGACAAAGGCUGAGUGCUUCCUUCUUUUGGGAAGGAUGGCUGGAAUAAGGAGGUGCCUGUAGUGUUACUGCUGCUGGUGUGCAGACGGCUCCACAAGCUGUUUUCAGUACCAUACCAAAUCACUCUGACUCAGGAGUCACUGAACUCUAACUUACUGUCCACUUAAUGAGACAACUCCACCAAACUCACAGUGAGUUCUUUUUCACUUAGCAAGCUUUUCACAGCUUUUUGAUCCUGACGCAAAAGCAGGAAGUCUGUGUGCAGUGAGGGGUUUGAUCUGUGAACAUCCACUGAUGGUAAAUGGGUGUUCAGGAAGGUAAGAAGUUGCACAGGAGAACAUCUUAACUACGUUUAUUCUUCUCCAGAGUGUGAUUUGUAGUGGAGCUUUGUACUUGAGAUACGGACUGGACUUUGUGCACAGACCUGGAGUUGCCACAUCCUGAUUUAUCAGACAAGCAGAAGAACAACUCCAGUUACCUUCUAGUAAUUGACUUUCUAAGGAAGUCUUACUUUUGCUUCCCAGUAAGACACAUUAAACCUCAUUUCAUUGUACCCAUGUCAGAUUUCUAAUGUUGUAUAACUUCGUAUACGUGCAGUAAAUAUUACUGCUGCAGAAUAAAAAAGAUGCUUUGUUGUAGAAACAGCAGUGCAUCAGAAGUUCUCCUAAGUUUAUUAGUGCCUGUUUCUCUGAAAUGUUAUGGGUCUAACAUUUAACUCUUGGAGGCUUUUAUAUUCCCUAUGAUUUUUCUAUUUUUUAUGACAGAAUAUUUAUUUUUGUAAACUAUUUUAACUGUAAAUAGCAUUGAUCAGUGUUACAGACAAAAAAUGACUUAAAAUAAAAGUAAAGCAAUUUUGAAAAGUAAAGAUAUUUUUGUGUUAAUAAGACUUCUAACAUUUUCAAGUCUUGAACAUAUGACAGUAAUGUCAUGUGAAGUAUGGAAAAAAACUUCGGUACUGCUGGCACUUGAUUAUUUCAGGAAUUGGGAGUUCUGUUGUAAAUAAUUGUGUACCCCUGCUUUCCUGAGUGCAAGGAAAAUAUAACUGAUCAGUAAUUAGCUCAAGCAUGUGAUCUCACUGCUUGCUUUGUCUCUUCUCCUGCUUCCUUAUUCAUGUUGAAAGUUGCUCCUGAAGAAAUUAUCCUGUGUUGCUAUGAUAGAAUCUAUUCCAGUUUCAUACUUCACCUCUGUAGAUGCUUCUUCCAGUGGCUGCAGACAUCACUUGUCGUGACUUGUAAGCAGGGGAAGGCAAUUUUUACUGGAGCUCAGAACCCCUAUCCCAGCUGAGUAUCUUGAGACCCUUCUGUAGUGAGCCUUACACCCGUUCAUACAAUCUUAUUUGACUAACAGCUAACCUGGCUUCAUUCUUUCAAGGUGGUUUCGGAAUGUUUGUAUUACUGCUUUGUUGCCAGAUACUACUGGUCCUUUAUCAGAUGUGAUUUCAAAAGUGUCUUUAAAGGACAACUAAGCAGCACUUACUCUCAAAUUGUACAGUUGUCUGCUUCCCUGCCCUAGCCCCUUCUGAACCUACUGAAUUUAAGCAUUUUCACAAUUGGCCACUGUCCACUUGGCAAAGACAGAUGAAACAACUAUUUGGGUAGUUUAACAUUCAGACAAGAACUGCUGAAAUUUUACUGCGUAUUUUACCUGCAUACAAAACUUGAAAACUGACAAUUCAGACACGGAACUCAAAGCUGUUACUUUUUCAGCUCUUCACUCACUUCCCUCCAUAUUUUUUCCUCUAUUUUUGAAGUAUCAUACUCUCGCAGCAUAUCAAACUCCAGCCAGGGCUUCUUCCACUUCUGUGCUUCUUUCAUUUUUUCCUCAGGUAGUUCAAACUUUAUUCCUUUUAUGUUGUAUUUUGGCCUUUCCCACCGUUUUGACCAUGGUUUAGGUUUCAUUCUUACCUGCAGCUAGGGGGAAAGAUUUAAAAA